AUGCCCACCACCGCUGUUGCUCGUGCUUUUCUCGGUCCAUCGCUGCUGGGGCUUGGAACUGGAACUCACCUCACAGGCUCACACUGGGCUGGACUAGACGAUGCCAAGGACCAAGGUGCUGCUGGUGUUGUUCCUUCCUCAGUCGCAGUGGGCUAUCCAUACAGGCCAAACCCCGUCUCCCCCGACGCCGACGUCCUGUCCACCUCAAACGGUCCACUGGGCCGUUUCCUGUUUCCAUGGACCGUCGCUGUUUCUGCCCUCUCUGCUACUGCUAAUCCGCCUUUGUGGCUUUGUCUUCCCUGA